AUGUCGGGUCGAGGCAAAGGAGGUAAAGCUAAAUCAUCAGCCAAAGCUAAGACACGCUCUAGCAGGGCUGGUCUACAAUUUCCCGUUGGUCGAAUACAUCGGCUUCUUCGCAAGGGAAACUAUGCUGAACGUGUUGGCGCUGGUGCUCCAGUGUAUCUAGCAGCGGUAUUGGAGUAUCUUGCCGCAGAAGUGCUCGAAUUAGCGGGUAAUGCUGCUCGUGAUAAUAAAAAGAGCCGCAUCAAUCCUCGUCAUCUACAGUUAGCCGUACGUAAUGACGAAGAACUAAACAAACUUCUUUCUGGAGUCACUAUCGCUCAAGGUGGUGUGCUGCCGAAUAUUCAUGCUGUUCUGCUGCCAAAGAAGAUUGCGGGUGAUAAAGAAUGA